AUGGAAAUAGAAUUUCCCCACAGUACCGAGUGUAAAGUUCGUGGCGGACACCUCGUGCAGAUCAGUGACGCGGACAUGCAGGCGUUUCUUAUGACGUCACUAUCCACCAUGGGGUACGGAGCAAGCGGGGGCGUGGCUUUGUGGAUUGGGCUGAACGACCGGCAGACGGAGGGCCGCUGGGUCUGGGACAACGGAACUCCCCUGCAGGGCUACACUCACUGGGCGGCCGGAGAGACGAGCGGGACAGCCCAACAUACGGCGGAGGACUGUGUGGUUCUACAGUUCACCGACCAGGGUUUGUGGCACGACAAGGUGUGUCACAUCUUCCUGUUCAAGGCGGACUUCAUCUGUCAAUAUGAUGCAUCGGCAGCACCUACAACAACGACUACUUCGACUACCACAAGCACCACUUCAACCACUACCACGACAACAACCACGCCGGCAACGACGACGACAGUGAACACGUGCCCGGAUGUGGAGUGUGACGUCACAUGUCCCCAAGGUUACUCCGGCCUCUACCUCAAACCAAACGGCUGUAUUGCUUGCAGCUGCUUGUGA